GAAAAGUAUACAAGAUGUGACAGGGGAGAGGAAUGGUUUUCAGAAUGUCAGUGAAUUAACUAUAUCACAAACCUGGCGUACCGGUGUGUUGCUGUCCUAACAAUGUUCGCUAUAUUACCGAUUGUAUUCAAAGUGGAUUUAACUUCCAUGAAGCUUAAAUGGAAAGGAUGAACUGGUUUGCUCGUAUAAUAGCUUACCAUCCAUAUGUAAUUCUAAUUGGGGUUGCUGUAUUUGCGGCGACAUGUAUUGUCAUUCCAGUCACAACAAGAAAACCUCCAGAUUUCUCUGAUCCUACUUCGGGAUUUCAGUCAAGGGGGACAGUUUUAUCUCAGAGAAUAACAGCAUGGAUUAAUCUGAAAGAUGCAACAAGACCAUCUGGACCACUCUCAGUAAAUCCAAAAGGUGACACUGUUGACUUAAGAGAAAUAUCAAAGAUAAGGAGACAUCGGCAGCAUCAUAAGGGUCAGAAGGUCAACAGAACUGAAAUUAACAGAAACGUUAUAGCUAAAGUUAUUUAUUCAGCUGAUGAAAGUACAUACAAUGCAAAUGAAAUACCAGAUAAACUUGAGGAUACAGGAAAAAUUUCUGCAGUGUAUUCAGUGUUUGUGCAGAAUGAACAUCAAAUUGAGACAGAACCACCAGUGGAAGACGAAUGGGAAACAUUAACUCACUUGGGAGAAGAUCCUAAGAGACAUGGAAGUGGCAGCGAUCAUAAAAAUCAUGUGCACUUGGCUAGUGAUGGUUUUUUCUGUUCUGCUCCAAAUAUUGAAUUCUCACGGGUUGUACUCAGCUCAUUGGGUGAGAGUGGCUUGUUUAACUGGGAAUCAAUUCUAUCUAUGUGCCAAAUUGAGAAGCGACUUACUGAAGGCGAAGAGUUUGAAAAACUAUGUGAAAAAGUUUCAGAUGAAAAAUGUUGCCCUGCAUGGUCUCUAGGAAAUUAUAUAGCUCUUCUCCACAAUAAAUCUUCAUGCUUCAAUAUUACGGAGAACGAUGUGAAUUUAACUUUGGCACUUCUGCAAUACUGUGCUCCUUACUUCUAUAAUUUAAUGUUAACGCCUGAGUGUACAGAGGAAAGAAAUGAAAUAUGUCAACAAGUGCCUCCGCAAUGCAGCCAGCAUAAUGCUGUUUAUAAUAUACUGUAUUACCUUGUGGAUGCUUCAUUUUUACCACCAAAUAAAAGUGUCAGCACACUGGACAAUGCAAUGCUAAUUCUGCCAUUUGGACGAAGCAGUGACACACUGGACUACUAUAGAGAGAUUGACAGUGCAUCAUUACAGUAUCAGGAUAUUAAAGUUACUGCUAUGGAAUUAGGUUUGAAGAAUACAUUGUUUGACAUGUAUCUCGUUCAAGACACAUACUUAGUAGGAGCAGGUGCAUUAUUUGUGCUCCUCUGCAUGUGGGCAUACACUCACUCAUUGUUUGUCACAUUUAUGACAGUUGUGGCAAUAUUAUUUUCGCUGGGAAUCUCAUACUUCGUGUACACACUAGUUUUUGAGUUAGAGUUCUUUCCAUUCAUGAACAUUCUUGCAAGUGUUGUCGCUGUUGGUAUUGGGGCUGACGAUGCGUUUAUAUUCUGCAAAAUGUGGCAAUGUAUUAAAGCAGAGAGAAACAGCUGGACAGUGGUGAAAUUAAUGGAGGAAGCAUUGUCGAAUGCGGCACUAUCAAUGUUCGUAACAUCUCUUACAACUGCAGCUGCUUUUUAUACCUCAUGUGUGAGCUACAUAACAGCAAUAAGGUGUUUUAGUAUUUUUGCAGGCACUGCAACAUUGGCAAAUUUUGGGAUGAUGGUUACUUGGCUACCUGCUAGUGUUGUGGUGUCAGAAUACUGGUGCUGUAGAUCUAGGUUUCCCUUUCGGUGGCUGAGAUCAGAAAAUGUAUGUUCCUGUGGUGGAAGAUUUUUGUCUUUUGACAAACUGGUCGUUACAGUUGUUUUGAAAUUUAAAUACAUGUGGCUCACAAUGUUAGGCAUUUUGGGAUUAAUAAGUGUUGUUAUUGUAUUCUGGUGGCCACGUUUUAGUCUUCCAGACACAAGAGACUUCCAGCUGUUUGACAGCAGCCAUCCAUUUGAACAGUAUGAGUUGUACUACUCAGAGAAAUUCCUUUUCGAAAGAAUUAACAAGGUGGGCAUCAACACAAAACUGCCAUUGCGCUUUGUGUGGGGGAUAUUACCAGUAGAUAAUGGUGAUUACCUCAAUCCAGCGUCUCUUGGAAACCUGGUAUUUGAUCCAACUUUUGACAUCGGAGCUCCAGAGUCCCAAGUGUGGUUGCUAGAGUUCUGUCGUAAUUUAAGAGCGCAACAAUUUUAUCAGUCAACAAGAGGCCCACUAUUGCCAAAUUGUUUUAUAGAAUCUUUUAUUUCUUGGAUGCAACGACGUUGCCGAGAUCCUAUUAGUCAUAUUGACAGGACUCCGUGUUGUGAAACAGAGCAGUUUCCUUAUGUACGAGAGGUAUUUGAGUUGUGCAUUGUCCACGCAAUAAAAAGUCUAUAUGAAACACCAGUUGAAAUUUUGAUGCCAGGUAUGGCUGGUCCAAAAUUUUCUGCAGAUCCUGGAAAGCAACAUAAAAUACAAGCAGUAGUUGUGGAAUAUGAUAGUGUCCAUUCUUUCUCCUUAUCCUUUUCUGAAAUGAAUAAAUUCUUCAAUGAGGUGGAAAGUUGGAUGCAAGAGCAGUUAGCAACUGCACCUCCAGGAAUGGAGAAUGGGUGGUUUGUAAGCGAUUUAGAUUUUUAUGAUCUUCAGUUGACAUUGUCUAAUGGUACACUUGUUGCAAUUGUGGUGUCCAUGGCUAUUAGCUUAUCUGUGAUCCUUUUUGUCACUCUUAAUCUUCUUGUAAGCUUAUAUGCUGUUAUUACUGUAACAGCUAUAAUAUCAGUUACUGUUGGUUCAUUGGUGAUUAUGGGUUGGAAACUCAAUAUUCUGGAAUCUGUUGCUGUAACAGUUGCAAUUGGUUUGGCAGUAGAUUUUAGUUUACAUUACGGUGUUCAUUAUCGAAUGUGCCCAGAUGCAAAGGACAGAGUAUCAGCAGUUUCCUUUGCUCUGUCAAGAAUGAGUGGGCCAACUGCCAUGGCAGCACUUACCACAGCAGCAGCAGGAGCAUUUAUGUUACCGUCAUCAGUAUUGGCUUACAUACAGAUUGGCAUAUUUCUUGUGGCAGUUAUGAUUGUAAGUUGGGUGUACUCAACAUUUUUCUUUGGAUCAUUAUUGGCUGUUUGUGGGCCACAACAUGGAUUUGGGCAAUUUUCGUACUCUGAUAUGUGGAAGUUUUGCAGCAAAAUAUGGAGACCUGUAAAUACGAAAUCUGAUGAUGGAGUCAGUGAACCAAGUAAUACUGGUGCUCCUUCUUAUAACAAUAUGCUGUCAGAAUCAACUUUGUCAACAUCAAGUACAGCUGCACAAAUUCAUGUUUCGAUUAGUGAAAGUCACGAGCUAGAAGCUCUAAGCACACACAUCCAUCAACUGCAUCGUUCAGGCAGCCUCUCGGCAGUGUCAGUACCACUGAUCCCAAAAGUAAUUACUCGUCAGAUCUCACUUCCUGCAGAACAGUCUGCAUUGACCACAAACACAAAUGAUGAAAAUGAAGGUGAACAAUCGCGCAGUAGAUAUUAAUCCUCAUAAUGAAGCUGGUCUUUUGUACUUAGUGUCUGCUAAUAGUGACAUAUGGAUAUGUUCUCUCUUCCCCCGAAAAAAAUUAAGUGUGAUAGUUAUGGAAAAUUUGUCAGUAUGGCAUAUGAUCUACAACCAAAUCUUUUGUACUUAUUUUUUAUAUGUAACAAGUUUUUUUUUUAAUAAGAAGACUGCUUUUACAAUUGGAUGUUUGAUACUGGAAUAGUAAAGUUUGGGAAAUGGAAAGAAGUCAUUGAUCUAUCAUCCACAAAUAGUGGAGAUACCAUUUUGUCAUUUUUCCGAGCCAGUCAUGAUCACACGUUCUGCUUGGCUACGGAUAUGUCGUCACCCUGUACAUCAAGCAUUAUCUCAAAUUUAUGCCUUGUGAUUGAUGAUCUCUUUUCAUGUAUCCCGACUGAUAUUUGUAUAAUGGUUUUGUUUACUGUCCAUUUUUAUUGUGCCUUGUAACACUGAUGUUUUUUAAGUAGUUCAGUGUGUUCACUUUGAAUCAUGACCUGUGUGUUCUGUGAGAUAUAUAAUGUAAAAUUUUGUAAAUUUUUUAUCUAUGGGUUGAUUUGUUCAACAGUUUUACAUUCCAUUUUCUGCAUUUGAUUGUCAUUUUAAGAAGUUGCCAUGAUACACAAGUUUUUAUAAAUCAUAUUAUUCGUACUGUCCAAUUUACUAAGUUUGUUCCAUAUGUCUGUCUGUCCAGUGGCAGUGUUAUUUUAUUUGCCGAUUUGUAAUGCAUUUCUUGCAUAUCAAAUGUCCCGUGCUUCAGAUCUGAGCAAUUCAACCACAAAAGGAAUUCUGAGCAUCAUUUUUAUGGAUAAUUAGUAAUAAUAUCAGUGUCCUAUUAAAAACUGUUAGUAGCUAUAUAGCAAGUGGAAAUAUAACAAUAACUUCCAUUAUGUGGGAAAGAUAUGAGGUUAUGAGUGUUCUAUAGUUAUUUGAUAGCUCAUCUGGUUUAAAGAUCCGUUUUCAAAAAAGUGCUCUUAAAACAAUUGUUGAAGACAGGAAGACAGAAUAAGUAUGAAGAGAGAAUUUGUUUCAGAAUUGUAAAAAUACUGUCAUACAUAGAAAAAGUACUGAAAGGAAAAGAGGUGAAGAACAUUUGCUCAUGAUUAGAGUGGGAUAAUUAUAAAUUAUAUUAACAGGAACACUAACAACAAUAAUAACUGAAUGCUUGUGGCAUAUAAUGCAAAGAAGACUUUAUUGUAGUCUUUUGGUGACCUAAAUGGACAUAAUUCUGUACACACAUCUCCCAACUUAUGUGGUUGUACAGUACAGUGAUGGAGAUGUAUAUUUUAAUUACUCCCUUAUAAAAAUAACAACAGCACUGAAUGCUGUUGGGAAAAUAUGGUAUGCUUGAUACCUUUUUUUUCUUUUCUUUUCUUUUAUGCAAUUAUUUAUCUAGCAGUUACCCUUCUAAUUAACAGGGGAAUGACACAUAUUCUCUCUCUCUCUCUCUCUCUCUCUCUCUCUCUCUCUCUCUCUCUCUCUCUCUCUCCAUUAAAUUUCUUCUCCAAGAAAGUUAAUUUUUGCCUAAUGCAUGACACUGCUAGAGGAGUAAAUUAUUUUCAUUUCCAGAUUUUUAUUAUUUACCCUUUCAGUUUGUCCAUGAAAAUGUUCAGUGAACUGUAACUAUUUAUAUUAUGGACAGAGGGUCUACACAGAGCAAUGUACGGCAGUCAGAUCUCAAUAUCAAGGGCUCCUCACUCUAGAAAAAGAGGGAAAAAGGUUAAAGGAAGAGAGACUAAGGUGUAGAGAUAAAAGUGGCUUUUUUCUGUACCCUUUAGCUGUACUAGUCUCCCUCACUUGAACAUUAUUUGCUCUCCUGCCAGUGAAAGGAUCCACAGAUUUUGGAAGUUAGCGUAUUUACAAUUUUAUAUUGUUCAACUUGUUUCAUCUGCUGCUGCUGCUGCUGCUGCUGCUGCUGCUGCUUGGUGAGAUAAUUUUAUCUGUCCACAUAAUAAAUCGAAAUUCUGUUUCAUCCCUCAGUUUUCAGCUGUUGUCAUAUGCACCAUUUGUAAGUCAUAGUUCCUUCAAAUUUGUUUUAUCAAACAUAUCUUCAAUUCCAUCAUUCUAUCUGCUUCAAUAAGUACAACAUAUUGAUUCUCUCCUGUGUACUAAGCCACCUUCAAUGUGCAGAUUUUGUGCAAAUGCCGAUCUCUGAGCAAAGAUUCUCUUGUGGUGUUUCCGCACUUUGAAAGAAAUCAGCAUAUUAUAUGCGAAUGUUUCUUUAGUCUCCUUUUGAACUAUUGAUGACUGAUCAUAUUUAUUUUAUAUUAGGUGUCUCCCUCUUCAGAUGAAACCCAGUAGCUGUGCAGUAAGUAACAUGAAUGUAUUGCGGAAAGAAGUUGUUGUUGUUUCCCUGUGCAGAUAAAACCCAGUAGCUGUGAAAUAAAUAACAUGAAUGUAUUGUGGACAUAAGUUGUUGUUGUUUCCCUCUUCAGAUAAAACCCAGUAGCUGUGAAGUAAAUAACAUGAAUGUAUUGUGGAAAGAAGUUAUUGUUGUUCCCCUCUUCAGAUAAAGCCCAGUAGCUGUGAAAUAAAUAACCUGAAUGUAUUGUGGAAACGUCUUAUUGUUGGGUGGUGUAUAACAAAAUGAAAUUCAAAUCAUAAACCCCGACAUAAUUCAGAUCAGACCUUUGUACGUGGACAUUCAUAUGUAAAUACUUAUGGCCUAAUGUGUAUAUUGUCUAUGUUUUGUGGGAACAAAAUACAAAAACUAAUAUUAAAGCUGUGUAUGUAUUUUUGAACAAAUUCCACACUUGCUGUUCAUUUUGGUUGUGUGUAUACAUGUUGUUAAUGAGGAAACUAUUCCCAUGUGUUACAUGUUUAAAUGUGUAAUGUAACUUUUGGAUGUAACAUUGAAUUGUAGUAAGUGUUUUCUGUAAUUGAAAUACCAAAUUGUAAUGAACGUUAUGAAGCUGUUGGAGAAAAAUUAUGUAAUACGGGCGUUACAAUCAUCAGUUUCCUUAAUUAAGGGCUACAUAUGGAUACAAACAGAUUUAUUUAUUUAUUUAAACAAAAGCCGUAUUUUGUCGUCUUUUAUAAACUGACGUUAAAUGUGUUACAUGGUAACUUUGAAAGCCUGUGGUGCUAAAAUAUACCAGAAACAAAACUA